CGGGCCGCGGGCGGGAGGACGUGCGUGUCCGCCCGUCGCGGCUGCUGCCAUCCCGGUACCGCCCGCUGCGGGAGGUCCCGCCCGCGGGGAGGCUCCGGGGCCGGCGGGUGGGCGCGCCCCUCGCCCGGGGCCUGCGGCGGGGGCGCCGGAUAAAGCGGUGCCGGCCCGCCCGCUCGCCGCCACAGGGGCGGCCGGGACGGGCCCAGCGGGGCGCCCCGCCAUGGCGAGCCCCGCACGCCCGCGGCAGGAGCCGGCGGCGGGAGAGCGGCGGCUUCUUGGAGCGGCCCCGACGGUGCCCCGCGACGCCAAGCUGAUGCUGCUGGAGCUGCGCCGCUGCGGGCGGCCGCCGUCCCCCGGCCCCGGCAUGCGGCGGGAGGAGGUGGAGGAGGAGGCAGAGGAGGAGGAGGAAGAGGAAGAGGAGGAAGCGGCGGCGGGCGAAGACUGUUGCAGCAAGUGCAAGAAGCGGGUGCAAUUCGCCGACUCGCUGGGGCUGAGCCUCGCCAGCGUCAAGCACUUCAGCGACGCCGAGGAGCCGCAGGUGCCGCCUGCCGCGCUGUCCCGCCUGCAGAGCCCGGCCGCCGCCGAGCCGGACCCGCUGCCUCCCGGUGAGGACCCGCCGCAGCCCACGCCGCGCCUGGUGCCCGACUUCCCCGACGGCGGGGAGCCCAGCGCCGAGCGGCUGCAGCGGCAACGAGUCUGCCUGGAGCGGCUGGGGCGGCCCGCGGCGCCCACCGACGUGCGGGGCACGGUGCGAGUGUGGGGCGGCCCCGGCCCCCAGGAGGUGACGGUGCGCUACACCUUCAACGAGUGGCUCUCCUUCUUGGACGUCCCGGCCGCCCCGCUGCCCCCCGACCCGCCGGCCGAGCGCUACUGCUUCACCCUGCCUGUCCCGCCGAGCCUGCGGGAGGGCUCGGCCCUUCACUUCGCCAUCCGGUACCGCGGCCCGCAGGGCGAGUUCUGGGACAACAACGGCGGCCGCAACUACACUCUGCGGUGCUGCGGCUGCCUCGAGAUAGGCCCCCGCGAUUGAUGGGCGCCCGACCGGGAGGGCAGGGGCAGGCGGCCGCAGCCCCGCGCCAGAGGCCCUCUCG